AUGCAAGGAACCGGCAAGACGGAAGAGGAUAUUGAUAGGACAGUGCUGUGGAAAAAAGCAAGAGAGUUGAAGAUAGGAGGAUACGAUACAGAUGUGAAGAUGAUUGUUGAUAAAAUUGAUGAGCUUCAGAAAUCGGGAAGCUUUGGAGAGGUUACAUGUGGAACAUAUGAUGUGCUUACAGAGGCCUUGGGUACUCAGGAACAACGUGGGCGUGUACGAGGGAUGGGUAAAUUUAUAACGCCACAACAAUACUUAUAUUUACCCAAGAAUGUUAAGUAUUACUUGGAGAUUGAGAACGAGAGGGUGGAUAAACGAAUCAACAAACUUGAAGAUGACUUGGAGAAACUAAAAAGAGAUGUACUUAAUGUUUCUGAAGCUGCAAGUUGCCAAAUAGGGGGCGUCAUUGAAGAUUUUGAAAAACAACCACAUGAUGAAUCACUUGAUAAUUCAUGUCUUCUUGCGGUUGAAUUUGCUGCAAACGUAGUUGCUAAAGGAACCAUAAUGAAGUAUAGUGCAUCGGAUGAAAACAUUGAAGUUAUGAUUGAAACAAUUUUGCAAGGAGAAGCUUUAAUACCCUUUCCACUUGAAGAGGAGUUCAUUGUGAAUGUCAAAGAUGGACUGGGACACAUAUUAAGCUGGCCAAGACACUUAGUUAUUCGAUGCUCUGACCUGGGAAAAGUGGUGGCGAAAUCUGUGAAAAAGCAUGCAACACCAGUGAAGAAAGCUGCAACACCAGUGAAUGAAGAUGUAACACCAGUGAAGGAAGAUGCAACACCUCCAAAAGAAGAAAUAGGAAGUAAUAAGAAAGAAAAGGGGAUAGGAAAAAUGGUUGAUGGAGAAAAACAACCAUGUGAUAUGGAAAAAGGAAUGAUGUGGAAGAAGUGAUUGGAAUAGAAAAGAAGAUUAAAAAGGAGAAACAAAAUGUCACCGUGCAAAGAAGCUGGACCAGAGCACAAAUGAAGAAAAGGAUAAGGAUUGAGAAGAGUAGUAUUUUGAAAAUGACGGCAAUGAUGGCUGAUGGACAAGUUACAAAGGUUGAUUCUAUAAAAGUACAGAGUGAGAACAAUCUUUUUGGGUACGAUAGUUACACGUACUUAGAUUGGGAUGAUUUUAAAGCAGUUCUUACAAUGGAUGAGCUGAUCGGUGCUGUUAUUGUGUCUUAUAUGAUGGUGUUGUUUAACAAAUUGAAGUAUGGCUCCCCAGAAAGAGACCAUGGAAUUUGCUUUGUGAACCCGACAGUAAUCUCACCAAGUACGCGUAAAGGGAAAUCUAAGAAUAUUGACGAUGCAAGCAGAUCGGUUGUCUAAAAGAAAAGGCAAUGACGUCAUCUUUAUGCCCUACAAUCCCGGAAGACAUUGGGUAUUGGGUGUACUAGACAUGAAAUCGGAUACUUGCUAUUAUCUUGAUUCCUUGAGCUCUGGCAAUUUCAAUAUGCAGUUGAAGCAAAUUGUUGAUUCGGCAAUGGUUCUGUACACUACACAAAGUGGAUCCAACAAAAGGGUUAAACUAAAUUGGGUUAAUGUUACGUGUCCAACUCAGCCCGGAUCUACCGAAUGUGGCUACUACAUGCUAAGGUUCAUGAAGGAGAUAGUGGAAGAAGGAAUUGAAGUGUUGGUCAAAGACAAUAUCGGGGAUGGCAAAGCUGAGUACACAACUGCUGAUAUUGAUGAGAUACGUGAAGAAUGGUCAACGUUUGUUACAGGCUUCAUUUAUCGAUGAUAUUUAUGGUUUUUUGACAAUGUAUCCGCAAAACAAUGUUAUGGUUAACAGUGAAAUGUUAGGUAUGGUCUUUUGACAUGUGUAAUGCUAGGUAGUCUUUUGAGACACAUGUACAAUUUUUUGCUAACUUUUAGUAAUGUUACUUAAGGUAACUUGACAUGUAGUUACAACUUA